UAUGGACCAAGUUGCAGCAGGAAUAUUGCUUAUUAAUUUGCAACAUGAAGGCGUCUCACGUUGUUCUCGUCUUGGCCGUCAGUCUUCCAGUCUUGCUAGCCUCACGCAGCAAGAGAUCCCUAUGGGGGCUCAGGUCCCAGAUUGAGUGUACCAUGCCUCACAUCUGGCCCCUCCUUCACUUUGGUGACUAUGGAUGCUACUGUGGCAAGGGAGGCUCUGGAAUACCUGUUGAUGCCCUCGACACAUGCUGCCAAACUCACGACUAUUGCUACGAUGCUGCCAUGGCUGAUAAGGCGUGCACAGCCUACCUGGAUAACCCGUACACACAUGGCUACCAGCAAACAUGUGACAAGAGCACCAAGACCGUGACCUGUCUCAGUUCAAAUGAUGCCUGUCAGAUGUUCAUCUGCGAGUGUGACAAGAAGGCAGCCAUGUGUUUCUCCCAGGCAAAAUUCAUCCCAGCUCACAACCACUACAACCAGGAGCUCUGUAGUAAAUAA